AUGGUUUAUAUAUCAUGCGGCGAAUUUAUGAUAGCAAAGCUGGUUGCUAAUCAGAGUUUCGACCUCGCAUACACAAAAAAGCAAGCCACGCGACUCUAUCAGAUUUGUUAUAGAAAAUAUAGCAGAGGAUACGUGCGAGUGGGCACAGAAAAUAUGCUCUAUAUGGCAGAUAAAUGCUAUUGGCAUCAAUUCUGGCCAGAUCAAGAAUUCCCAAAUGAACACGUUUUGCUGAAUAAAAAGGAAGGCAAAGCUACAAAGCAAACUGAAAGCAUCGCUGGAGAAGUAGAGCAUGAUAAUAGGAAAGAAGCCACUCGAAGUCGACAGAAUGAAGCAGCAGAAUUGGUAUCGCAGCACAAUCCUUCCAACUCCGAUAAAACAGUAAAGAUCACCAAUUUCAGAGAAGGUUCGCGACCAAAGCAGAAUGCAGUAACUAGAGGCCGUACCAAGGCUAUGAAAGACACUAAAGCGAUAGACUGGGGCAUCUUUACAAUACAACGAAGGAAAGAACACCGGAGGAAGUUGAAACAAUACCUCUCGAGCAAGAAGCAGGCGGCGGAAGCAUCAGCACGAGCCUUGUCCAAACACAGUUCCAAACCAUCUAUACUAAGUGAGCACCCACAUAUAUCGCAAGAGGGCUUAGAGAAAGCGCAGUCGGCGCCCUUGAGCACGCAAUUGCAGAGUGCGUUAUCAGUAGCAGGCGUAGCCGCAACAACAGCACACAAAGACUCAAACCCAUUGAAAGAUUCACAACACUCGUCUGAAAUAGCGCAAGAUCUUCAACUGAAUCCUUCCUCAAACCGGCUUCAGAAACUUGAUGAGAUGAUUGAAGAGGAGAAAGAGAUUGCAAAUCAACUUCUAAGAUGUGUACGCGCAUCUUGUCCCAGUCCCGAAGAGAAUAGAAAGAUAUGUCAGAGAGGGAAUGAACUGGAGGCGCCUGACGGUGGAAUUAAAGAAGCAUCGAAUGACAACCGUUUCUGCGUGAUACUAUGA